AUGUCAGAAAUAAGCUGCACAACAGCACCAGACCUUCAUCUCACGUAUGACAACUUAACAGCUUGUUGUUUCCUUCUCAAGUGCAUCCAUAGAGGACAGAUAUUUCCUUCUCAAUUUGAGCUAUUGCUUGCUCAACACCAAUCCAGCCGAAUCAUUCUCAGGAUUGGACUGCAACAAUGGCCCAUAAUGGUCACUAACCAUUCGUUUGGAGAAGGCUGGGAUUAUUUCUGCGAGCACAAUAGCAUUAAGAGGCAUGACACGCUAUUACUUCGCCAUGCCGGAAGUCUAAUAUUUGAUGUAAUUCAUUUUUCUGAACUACAAACACAGCAAAUUCCACGCUUUGUUGAUCAUUUCAUAAAUCAUGAAAGAACUCCUACAUUGCUUAUCAAAACUGGAUAUAGAAGCACUCAAAUUGGUGUCAAGUGUGAACGCCUUCGGCGAAAUUGGAGAACUUUCGUUCUUGAGCACCAGCUACAGCAUAAUGAAACCCUGGUGUUUAUUCCAGAAUCAGAAACUGUCUUCACUGUUUUAAUCUUUGAUGAUACCGGCGUGGGAAAACACAUCAGCAAAACUUUUCUCCAAAAUAAAGUCAAGACUUCAUUAAAUUUUUGUUCCCGGAAAAACUUUUCGAAUCCUGCCAAAAUACUCUUAACCCUCAGCUCCGCAAUGAAAUUCCCGCGAUCCUCUUUCUUAAUCUUCCUUUCCAUCUCAUUAUCAAUCGUAGCUACAUCUUGGAGCUCUUCAAUUAUCAAUCCCUCGAAGGUCAAACAAAUUUCAUGGAAACCCAGGGCUUUUGUGUAUAAGGGAUUUCUUACGGAUGAAGAAUGCAAUCAUUUGAUUUCUCUGGCGAAAUCGGAGCUGAAGAGAUCGGCGGUGGCGGAUAAUUUAUCUGGCGAAAGUAAGCUCAGCGAGGUUCGGACUAGCUCCGGCAUGUUUAUUCCUAAGGGAAAGGAUCCCAUUGUUGCCGGUAUAGAGGAGAAAAUUGCGACAUGGACCUUUUUACCUCAAGAGAAUGGUGAAGACAUACAAGUACUUCAUUAUGAGUAUGGACAGAAAUAUGAUCCGCACUAUGAUUACUUUGCUGACAAGGUGAAUAUUGCUCGUGGAGGACACCGUAUAGCCACAGUACUGAUGUAUCUCUCUGAUGUUGAAAAAGUGGGCGAAACAGUUUUUCCUAAUGCUGAGGAUUUAUCCCGUCGGCGAUCUAUGACUAGUGAUGAGGAUCUGUCAGACUGUGGGAAGAAAGGUAUCGCAGUGAAACCUCACAAAGGAGAUGCACUUUUAUUCUUCAGUCUGCACCCAAGUGCCGUUCCAGACCCUAUCAGUCUUCAUGGGGGUUGCCCGGUGAUUGAAGGUGAGAAAUGGUCGGCAACAAAGUGGAUUCAUGUAGACAACUUCGACAAGAUUUUGGGAUCCACUGAUAACUGCACAGAUACAAGUGAAAAUUGUGAGAGAUGGGCAGCCCUAGGCGAAUGCAAGAAAAAUCCGGAGUAUAUGGUGGGAUCACCAGAAAUUCCAGGGUCGUGUAGGAAGAGCUGCAAAGUGUGUUAGGAGUUAUAUACGAUGCUUUCCACUGACAGGCAUUUUUGUCUGAGAAAUCACUGUACUUGUUCAUUAUUUAAAUGGUAUUCCUGUUUAUUGAGGGUUUUAGGCGUGGCUGCUACUCUGAAUUUUCUCAAGAGAUCAGAGCACACGUAUAUGCAUUGUAUUUACUGUACUCAAGCUUAAUAAUUUUUUCUUCCCUUUUA